GUUCUGCGGGGAGUGCCUCCAGCCCUGCCUGCAGGUGCCCUCCCCACUCUGCCCGCUCUGCCGGCUGCCCUUCGACCCCAAGAAAGUGGACAAGGCCGCCCACGUGGAAAAGCAGCUCUCAUCCUACAAGGCGCCCUGUCGGGGAUGCAGCAAAAAGGUGACCCUGGCCAAGAUGAGGGUCCAUGUGUCCUCCUGCCUGAAGGUCCAGGAGCAGAUGGCCAACUGCCCCAAGUUUGUUCCUGUGGUGCCCACAUCCCAGCCUAUUCCCAGCAACAUCCCCAAUAGGUCCACAUUCACCUGCCCCUACUGUGGCGCCCGAAACCUGGACCAGCAGGAGCUGGUGAAGCACUGCGUGGAGAGUCACCGCAGCGACCCCAACCGCGUGGUGUGUCCUAUCUGCUCCGCCAUGCCCUGGGGCGACCCCAGCUACAAGAGCGCCAACUUCCUGCAGCACCUGCUGCAUCGGCACAAGUUCUCGUACGACACCUUUGUGGACUAUAGCAUUGAUGAAGAAGCCGCCUUCCAGGCUGCCCUGGCCCUGUCUCUCUCUGAGAACUGAAGGCACUCCCCGAGGACAGGGCUGGAGCUCCCACCCCGGCACUCGCACAGGAAACACCUUGCAGGCCAGGUGGAGUCAUCCUGCACGAGGAGGGCCGUCCAAGGGCCACCGGAGCCUGGACACUAGCCAGCCAGUCUUUGCUGACCAGCAGAGAAGCAGGGUUAUCGGUGCUUUGAGGGGCAGUGCUGGCCCGUUGGGUUAACGCAGUCGGCCAUCUCCUCCGAGCCUCGAGGUGGAGAGUAUGUGGUGUGCAAGAUGUGCGCCCCACUGCCGGACAGCAGGAGGAGACCUGAGGCUGAGCCAGCCAGCAUCUGGCCACGCCCCCCUGCGCCUUUGGUACUGGCUUUGUGAUACUUAGAAUCCUGGCAUUUUUUCUAUCUUACCCCGCGUGAUAAUCUUUUCACAUUUUAUAGAGCAGAGACAAAGCAGUUACUCUUCAUAUUGCAAUAUCUGUGUUUGACUAGGAUGAAUAGUAUUUUUAUGGAACAUUAACAAAGUUAUAUUUUUAAAAAAAAA